UGAAAUUUUCUGCUUAGUUGGUCUGAAGAUCACACGUUGCGUUGGAGUACGAGUAGCUCCAUCUUCGCCGUGAGCGUAGUUGCAGAGAGAAAAAGAGGAGGAGAGCCUGGCUUCUCUCAAAUCCUCUGAGAUUCUGUGUACUGCAACUCACUCUGCUUCUAUUCACUUGGUGCUGAAUCGAAAUUUCCUUCUCAUAGAUGGUGUCAUAUGGUGAGGAUAGUCUGAGUGAAGAAGGAAGGUUUUCUUUUAUGAAGCUCGCGCUAGAACAGGCAAAUCUUGCAUUAGGUAGCCUUGAAGUGCCAGUCGGUUGUGUAAUUGUCAAGGACCAAAUGGUCAUUUCCUCGGGAAGAAAUAGGACUAACGAGACCAGAAAUGCUACUCGACAUGCUGAGAUGGAAGCAAUUGACAAUCUCCUUGAGAAGUGGCAGGAAAAUGGAAUUACAAAGGAAGAAGUAGCACUGAAAUUUGCAAAAUGCACACUUUAUGUUACAUGUGAACCGUGUAUAAUGUGCGCCGCAGCUUUGUCAAUUAUUGGAAUAAAAGAAGUAUAUUAUGGCUGUGGGAAUGAUAAGUUUGGAGGUUGUGGAUCAAUAUUGUCGUUGCACACAAAUAGCCUGGAGAAGCUUGCCAGCGGUGGAGCUUCAGAAAGGAAGGAAUUCAAGUGCAUGGGUGGAUUAAUGGCAUCCGAAGCAAUCAAUCUUCUACGAAGCUUCUAUGAGCAAGGGAACCCCAAUGCUCCAAAGCCUCACAGGGCACUCACAUCUCGACUCAAAGUACCAAGCGAUCAGGUGCAAUGAUUUUGAAACCGAGGGGUCGCGUUGCAAUUACCCAAGAUUCCCCUGAAGGGUCUGUUUGGUUCAACGGAUGCAACGGGAUAUAACUUAUCAUCGUAUGUAACUUAUCUGGAUUCAGGUACUGUUCUUGCAAGACUUGAUGCUCAGGAAACUGAGGUUGCUAAAACACAAAUUAAUAUAAUUUUAUCAAUUUUUUAAUAAAA